AUGAGCUCGUUAAGGCAUGAGAACGUGGAGGACCUCUAUGAACUUCUGGAGAAGUUGGGCAGUGGUCACUUCGGUGAGGUGAGGAAAUGCAAAGAGAAGAGCACGGGGUCCCUGUACGCGGGAAAGUUCAUAAAGACCCGCAAAUGUAAAGGGAGCCGCCUUGGCCAGGACCGCGAUCAGGUGGAGCGAGAAGUCUUCAUUCUCCAGCAGUUAGAGCACCCCAACGUCAUGAAGCUGUACGAUGUCUUCGCCAGCAAGGCCGAGAUGGUGCUCAUCCUGGAACUGAUAAGAGGCGGCGAGCUGUUUGACUUCAUAGCAGAGAAAGAGGCCCUGUCCGAGGAGGACGCCAUAGAAUUCAUGGAGCAGAUACUGAAAGGCGUGGCCUAUAUGCAUGCUAGACAUAUCGCACACUUUGACCUCAAGCCUGAGAACAUAAUGCUGCUAGAGAAGGACGUGCCGCACCCCAAGAUCAAGAUCAUCGACUUUGGCCUUGCCCAGAAAAUUGAAGACGGGACGGUAUAUAAGAGCCUGUGUGGGACGCCGCAGUAUAUCGCUCCAGAAGUUAUAAACUACGAACCCCUGGGGCCACCUACAGACAUGUGGAGUAUCGGUGUGAUUACAUAUAUUCUUCUCAGCGGAAUGUCGCCAUUCCAAGGUGAAACUGACCCAGAAACGUUAACAAACGUAGUAUCCGGGAAUUAUGAAUUCGAUGAUCGCUUUUUCAAACAAACCAGUGAAAUGGCCAAAGACUUCAUCCGACAACUGCUGCUCAAAGAUCCCAGCGACAGGAUGACAGCGGUGGAAUGUCUCAUUCACCCAUGGAUUAAGCCGCUGAACAGAAAGCAAGCCGUCAACAGAAGUCGAUCAUCGAUCAACAUGAAGAACUUCAAGAAAUUUAACGCACGCCGGAAAUGGAAGCUGUCCUACAACAUGGUGUCCGCGUGUAAUCGACUCUGCCGCAUGAAGCUGCUGUGUAAUCCCGCAAAAAGUGAUGAGGAUCUAAGACAAUGUGAGAGCGACCAAGAGGAUGAGAAGACCAAACCCGUCACCCUUCUACGUAGACGUUUUGAGCAGCUGCUCCUG